GUGAAGCUUCUUGGUGACCCUUGGAUCAAAGACUCGAAGUGGAACAUUCCUUUAGAAUUUAUCUUCGGGGAAGAUCUUGAAACAACCAUCUUUAAAACACAAAUUUCCAAAAUACAGCUGACUAACGCAGUGAGAGCCACAAUCAUCACUGGGAUGUGUGAAGGUUUGCUUUAUCUACACAGUAAAGACAUCGUCCACCAAGACCUCAAACCAGACAACAUCAUGGUUGAGCAUCAAACCCAUCGUGCUGUGAUCAUUGAUUUGGGUCUGGCAAAGUUCACAAAAAAUGGACUGAGCUCCGCGGCAAAUAUGGGCAAUGAAGCGUACUCUGCUCCAGAGAUCCUGCAGAUGAAUGGAGUUCGUGACAAGCGUUCAGAUGUUUGGGCUAUGGGUAAAGUCAUUGCUGAACUCUGUGCCCGAAUCAGGUUACCCACCCAAUACGUGUGUGCCGGCAAAAUUCAAGAAACUUUAAAAGAUCAUCCAUACUGUAUUCCAGUGUCCCGGAUGGUGGGGAACAAUCCAUUUUACAGAGCUUCUAUGGCUGAAGUCAUUUUAGACAUCAGGAGAGCUGCUUCAGCUUCACAAACGGACAUCAAACCGAGAGACGUCACCGUAACGCAGGGAAAUGAAAUAAGAGGAAAUCAAAGGUGGGGUUUGCAAGCACCCGCGCCACCAAGGAUGGAGGUCAGGAAACCUCCUGUGGUAAAUUAUCGAAUGGAUCCACCACAACAGAGGGAAAUGGGAAAGGCAGUAGUCCCGUUAAAAGGAGCGGGUUUGAACAAUCAGAUGUCUCUGAUGUCAUUUCCUUGCCCCCUUCCAGAGACUGGCAAAGUGACGCAGGAACGUUACAAUGAGGAGAAAGGAGCUAUGGAAUAUAAAGAGAUCAUCACAAAGGGAGGAAGAAUCAUUAAGUAUGAGAAAGUGCAAAUAUCCAAAAAUUCUUAAUUGUCAAGGAAACUGGAUGUCAUAUGUUGGCUUGUAUAAAUAAAUAAAAAUUGGGGAUCAUGUUGUUUCCUUCCUACAUUUUUUAGAUGUGCACUAUUUUUGUGUGUAUUUAUUAAAGAUAGUUUGUAUUGCCCCCCCCAAAUAAAAUGACAAUGAUGAUGUGGACAAUGAUACAGUAAAAUGCUUCUUCAUGUCUCCGUAUAGUCGACAUCCCUUCAAGAACAAAAAUCUCCUUAACAUGCCCACCUCCUAUUCAUUCAUUCCUAUCAUUCAGUAUGGAUCCAUGAGUUAAGCUGUGAAAAGUGGAUGCGGGGGUGUUUGAGUCCCCCAAAAAACUACCAUAAACACAUCCUUAGCUCCAACUCUUUUAACAGAAGCUACAUUUAAAACCCCACCGUUGUGAUGCGAAGAAGUUAUUUGACUGUUCUACGUUUUUUAAAGAAUAUGGUAGUCAAUCUUUUGAAAUGAGUGCUAAACAAUUGUAUUUUAACCUAGGGUUAGAAAUAAACUAGGGGAUAGUACUUUCCUUCUUGUAGAUCUUGAGAUAUCAUCUGAAACGAAACAUUCAUGAAAUAAAACAGUGUAGAACUAAACAAAGUGAAGAUGAAGAUAUUUACUAGUUUUUUUCUUAUUCCUGGUUUUAAAAAGUUUAACCCUAAACCAGAUGUUUGAUUUUUAAUGCCAAAAAGAUCAAAAAGAGUCACUAACACGAACAUUAAAGAUUUUCCUUCACACCAGAUCGUAGACACCCAUCCAUGCAGAAGGAAAUCAAGAGUAUGGUAAAAACCAUAAAUGAAAUCUUUGAUGACUCUUAUUGACUAAAACUUUGUCAGAGCAUUUUGCAAAAUGUUUAACAACAUGUUACAUGAAUCAAAUGUAGUUUAUGCCACAAUUAUAUAAAUGCUGACCCAAACACAAUAAUCAUUUGUCAGAUAAAAGGCUGAACACGACAACUCUCUCUUAGAAGAAAACCUCACAUACAUAAACAUUAACUUUAAAUCUCUCAUUCAAAAACACACCCGUCAGGUUUCACACCGUAAUGUGAGAACAGUUGUCAGGCCAGGGGAUAGACAGAGAACUACAGGGGGUACAACAACACGGUCAUAAAAUAUAAUCUGUCAAACAAGACUGACAGAUCAUAAAGAAUCCAGCCUAAUUUGAUUGACAGGUCAAAAUGACUUGCCUGGGAUAGUAGGGGGGCAGUCACACUUUGAUAAGAUUGCAAACCUCAAGUCUCAAUUCACUCAUUUGCACGAUAAAAGCCAUACAACAAGGAAACAACUCACUCUUAGAAGAAAAACCCACAUACAUAUUUAUUUGAUCUCUCUCUAAUUUACAAACACCACCGUCUUUCACAAAUAGACUAUAGUAAAAUCAAACAGGCUGAAAAACACACUUUUUUGAUGAGGGGGGUGUGUAGUAAGCCCCACUGAAGGAAGGGUGGGGGACAGAGGAGCCCCCAACAACAGCCAUAAAACAUAAAUGUCAACAAGAUUGACAGGUCAUAAAAGUCACCAUUUGAGUGACUGGUUGACAGACGGGGUCAUAAAUCAAUCAAACUUUUGACACAAGGUAUAUGAUUAUACUACUUAUUUGUAUAACAAAGAUACAAAAAGAGUUUUAUGAGUACAAAAAUGUUAUAUGAAUGACAUUCCAUUUGCAAUUCUGUGGAAGUUCAUUAUAACUUCUAUAGGAUGAGAUUCCAUGUAAGUGUGACGACGAGAAACCAGGCAGAGAAGCGGAUCCAAGUGCAGUGCAGAUUUAUUGAAAAUAAUAUAAGAUAAGAUAAAACAAACCAAGGUAAACCACGGAACAUAGGCGGCACAAAAACAAAGCAUGAAACAAAGACCGACACCAAACAAAGGAAACACUAGGGCUUAAAUACAUAGAAACUAACAAGACACACCUGGAGGAACUAAUUAACACUAAAAACUACAAAGGACUACAAAACAUGGCACAGAACAGGAAGUGACAGAAAAGUUCACCAACACAGGGGAAACACGGACUGGGAUCGUGACAGUAAGUCUGCCGAUGUCCCUUUUUUCAGGUUUCAAACUUUCCAUAUCUGUCAACCAGCAACAUAUUUGUUUCUUGCUUAAGGCAUGUGCAGAUGUUCCUACUGUUAAAAUAGGCCUGCUGUUGAAACGGUGCGUUUUUAGUUCAUUAGCAGAAAAAAUCCCAGUUCCUGGUUGAUUUCAGCACACUGUGUGUCAUCAACCCGUUUAUAAAGGUAAACUCUUUUACGUGAAAAGUCAGCCAAGAUUAAUCAAUACAUGAAAGUAUUAGUGCACAUACAAGUACAUUACAUAGGCCAGUGAAUAUGACCUUCAAUGUAUUUUCCAGGACAAGAACUUUAAAUAAUUCACUUUUAAGUUAAAUAUAUUUCUAGCUGAAGCUCACGUUAAAUUAAAGACAAUGUAUUCCUACAUAAAUUAUUUUCCAUUUUUACAUUUGCAUAAAUAAUUCGAAUUUACGCAUUAUCCUAGUAACAGCCAAAAUAAACAUUUUGUGAUAAUAAUAAUAAAUAAAUAAUAACAAUAAUAAAAAGUGUUAGGGGUUAAUUUAAAUUAGUGGUAUCGAUGGUGGCUAUCACCCAAAUAAAUAUGAUCACCCAUCUCACCAAAAAAUCGGAAAUGUGAAAAAGGCUAAUGACGUCACGUGCAGUGUCCUAUGAGUAAUGGUUUCACACACAAAAAAAGUAAAUGUUUUCACACUUUUUUUUCACACUCGGUAGUCUAGCAAAUAAAUCCAUAAAAAUAGUAGUGAAAAAAAAAGAAUAAUUGUGGAAAACCAGCAGUUUCUAAAGUUAACUAUUUGCUUCAAAUUAAAAAGAGGAGCAGUCUAUUUUAAAAUUGAUUUAGGCUACUUAUAUUUACUCAUAUUUUCUUUAUUUACUUUAUAUAUUAUUUAAUAUGAUCGUGUUUUUGUGUGCGUUUACGUCUCAUGUGUUGGAAUGCAUCUCAGAUCAUUUGUCACAGUUUUAGUUUUCAUUGCUCACAGUGGGUGGAUCUUACCUGCCUACCUCAAUAGAUCCUCGUAACUCUGGGUUUACUUUCACAAGUUUCAGGUGCUCGACGAUCAAAAACAGCGGUAAGUAAAUAUAAAAUAACUUAACUAAAACCUUUGUUUCAUGACAUAUUUUAUAACAACACAAUAUUAAUUGUAAUGAAAAACCAUCUUAUAUUUUUUAUCAAUCUUUCGAUUUUUUUACAUGUGGAAAAAUAUUUAAUAAAUGGAAAAUAUAUACGGUUUUGAAACCGCAUUUUUUUUAUGGGAACUAACAAACAAACGAUUUCCAAAAUAUUUUACUGACAAAUUUACUUCAUUGUCUGUCGACAGCGAGAAAGCUAUCUGUCACAUCACCACUAGAUGGCGUACUCCACACAAACACUGGCUCAAGGCUGCUUUGGGAAAGUAUAUAAAGAGAAGUUUGGAGACUCAUGGGCUGCUCUGAAGAGAGUCCCUGUAGGUCUCAUCAACAAAUAUGAGCUGGAAAGAGAAUGCAAAGUAUAUAAAAAUGCUCGGCACCCUAACGUGGUGAACCUUCUUGGUGACCCUUGGAUCAAAGACGCAAAGUGGAACAUUCCUUUGGAAUUCAUCUUUGGGGAAGAUCUUGAGACGACCAUCUUUAAAACACAAAGCUCCAAAAUACUGUUGACUCCAGCAGUGAGAGCCACGAUCAUCACUGGGAUGUGUGAAGGUUUGCUUCAUCUGCACAGUAAAGACAUCGUCCACCAAGACCUCAAACCAGACAACAUCAUGGUUGAGCAUCAAACCCAUCGUGCUGUGAUCAUUGAUUUGGGUCUGGCGAAGUUCUUUAAAAAUGGACUGAGCUCCGCAGCAAACUCGGGCAAUGAAGCGUACUCUGCUCCAGAGAUCCUGCAGACGAGGGGAGUUCGUGACAAGCGUUCAGAUGUUUGGGCUAUGGGUAAAGUCAUUGCUGAACUCUGUGCCCGAAUCAGGUUACCCACCCAAUACGUGUGUGCCGGCAAAAUUCAAGAAUAUCUUAAAGAUCAACCGUACUGUAAUCCAGUGUCCAGGAUGGUGGAGACCAAUCCAUCUUACAGAGCUUCUAUGGCUGGAGUCAUUUUAGACAUCAGGAGAGCUGCUUCAGCUUCAAAAAUGGACAUCAAACCGAGAGACCUCGCUGUAACACAGGGAAAUGAAAUAAGAGAAAGUCAGAGAUGGAGUCCACAACCACCUACAGCUUUUAAGACGGUGGUCAGCAAACCUCCUGUGCUAAAUUAUCGGCAGAAUCCACCACAACAGAGGGAAAUGGGAAAGGCAGUAGUCCCGUUAAAAGGAGCGGGUUUGAACAAUCACAUGUCGUUGAUGUCAUUUCCUUGCCCCCUUCCAAAGACUGGCACAGUGAUUCAGCAAAGCUACAAUGAUAGAGGAGUUAUGGAAUAUAAAGAGAUCAUCACAAAGGAAGGGAAAAUCACUAAAUAUGAGAAAGUGCAAAUAAGCAAAACAUUUAAAAAAUAAACUUUUUUCCUGGAAACUGCCCAGAAGAAAAUGUUAUUGCUCAGAGGUUGCUCUUUCAUAGCUCAGGAGAUUUGAAGAAGUUCUCACUUGUGUUUCAUUAUAAAAGGGCAUAAGAGCAAUACAAAUUGAAAGAAAUGAAAUGCAUUAUGUAUGGAGGUGUAUAAUGAAUUGGUAAAAUAAUCUGGAUUUGGUUCAAUUUGAUGAGAAAUGUUCGAGUUAUAUUGACUUUUUAUUGCAGACUUGACAAAUCCGAGCUCAACUGGAAUCAACUCGAAUCGAGACAGAAAUCAUGAGAUUUCUGGCUCUUUUUCUCAUGAGAAAUAUCUGAGACACUGGACACUUGAGCACAUCUCAUUUGCUUUUCUCAUCAUUGUCUUAUUAUGAGAAAAAUAUUUGUGAGUUUCCUUGUUGAUGUAAUUUCUAUAUCAAUAUAAUGCGUUUUUCUUUUUUUUUUGUCAUGAAAAAAGCUUUUUAGAAAUGUUUAGUGCAUCCACACUAAUUAUAAACUAAAUAACCAGUUGUGCUUUUAAAUAAGAUUAUUUGCAUUUUCUUUUUUUGUCCCUAGGAAACAGUAAAUACAUAUAUCUUUGGAUUCAAAGCAAUAUACGGAUAACUCUGUUGGCCACAGUUUGCCCUCAAAAAGCUUUCUCAUAACAUACACUUCUCGUCCAUCUGGUUUUGUGAUGUAUACAGUACAGUAUCUGUUAUUUAUUUUCAUUUACAUCUCUGUUAUCAUGCUACCCACAGCUGCAUGUUUUUAUGCAUGUGUUAUGGUUUCAGUUUUGGUUGGACAGAAAUGACAAUGACAAUCUGACAGUGAACCUGCUAGUUUGCCAACAUUUUUUAACAGCUUAAUUCAGCGUUAUGCAAGCUUUCUUUUUUUAACUCACUGCUGAACAAUGUUGGGUGUAACUAGUUACUAAGUAAUUAGUUACUGUAAUUUAAUUACUUUUCACGUGGAAAAGUAAAGUAAGGGAUUACUCUUAUUUUUCUGUAAUUUAAUUACAGUUACUUCUGAUGUAAUUAAACUAAAUACUUUGUGUAAUAUAUGUGUGUGUGCAGAAGAGGAAUUUACAUCAAAAUUCAAAGUCUAACUUUAAAAUGAAUGCUUUAAUGUAUAAUUCUCACAUUUGUAAUACUUUGGUCAGUUAAUAAGAGUACUUUAUGUAGUUUAUAUUAUUUAUUUGAAUGAAUUAAAAGAGCCGUUUCAUGUUGAAUCACUUAACUAAUCAAGGUUGAUGUAGGAUAUAGAAAGUAAUAAGUAACUAAAUACUUUUUGGAGAGAGUAAUUUGUACAGUAAUCUAAUUACACUAUUGAAUAUGUAAUUAGUAACUAGUAAUUAAUUACUUUUUCAGAGUAACUUACCCAAAACCACAGUUUUGCCUGAUUUUUCAUUUGCAAUGUAUUUAUUCAUAGCAGACACUUUUGUCCAAAGUGACUUACAAAUAAGAGAGUAUUAAACAUUUUGUCCUGGAGAAAUGGGAAUGGGAUGUGAAGUGAGAUCAGGUGUGAGAUCAGAUGUGCUGCUGCAUUCUGAAUCAUUUGCAGGAGCUAGAUUGCAUCGGCUGGAAGGUCAGCAGAGCAUUGCAGUAAACCAGCCUUGGACAAUUUUUUAUUUUAGUAAUCAUAUGAUUUUACAAAGUUAAAAUAAUGUACAGUAUGAACAACGUGUGUAUGAACAAAACAAUUCUGAGUACUUUAGAGAGAGGAUCGAUCUUCAGCUAACCAUGAGUGAUGAUACAGUAUAUGAAUAUCAUCUAGACUUCUUUCACUAAAUAACGACACACCAAUAAUUCAUUCCGAUUUAGGGGCCAAGCACCACUAAGCUCAAAAUGGGUUUUGGAUUCAGAUUGUAAUGUAUUGUUUUAAUUUUUGUAACCUGCUAAGAUAUGAAACUAACAAUAAAUGAGCAAUAAAAAACAGUAAAACAAUUAUUUUGUAUUUAAAUCUGUCUACAGUAUAUUCUUUAAAAUGCCCAAAUAAUUAGGGCUGUCAAAUGAUUAAUCCCAAUU